AUGGGCGGGAUCCGCGCCGUCUCGGACCCACGGCAGGACGGAUCUAUAUACGCGGGAAAACGCACUACUAGUAUGGAUACUAUGAAUAUCAUAUCUAAAAAAAAAGGGCUCAAAAAAUCUCGUCCUUAUUUUUCCCUUCCAUUUUUCUGUUGCGCAAUUAUUUCUUUCCCUUGCUGUGUUGCUGACACGCAUACCAUGCGCAUGGUUCGACCGGAAAGGAAAGUCCCAAACAGCACAUCCAUCCCAACGGCCGAAGUUCGAAGCGGCGCGGCGCAUGUAACGAAGUGUUACGUUCCCUUCCCUCUUUUCUUACUCAUGCACGCCCCAAGCGUUGGAACCCAACCGCAGAAAAAAACAAUAGAGAGAAAAGAUAGAAAACAAGUCACCUGCGGAGAAAAGACAUGUGGCACAUGUUGCUAUGAACUUGACAAUGUUCAAUUAACUAGAUACUAUAUGUGACUUCAAACUAAACAAUGCAG